UGAAGAAAGCCUAGAAAGGUGACUAGAAAUUGUAAUUGAAGGAAGUUUCUAAUAGCCAUGAUUGCCUGAUCUCACCAUGGUGGAGAGGAUACCCACCCGUAUUAGAUCCUGGGGCGGCCGACCCCUAACACCCAAACCCAAGCCCUACGUUCCGUAUGUUCCGAAGCUCGCCCAUCCCAGGAGUUUUAGGGACAGUCGUAUCAAAACGAAGGACCUGCUCAAGAAUAUCAUCAAGUAUGAGCGAAUUAUCACGACAUACCACAACGCCCUCGUGACGAAGCACUGGGGCGAGAAGCUGAUUGACAAGGUAAAGAAUGGCGAAUGGGACGCAAUGAGAGAAGCAAAGAUAAUUAUCAAUGAGGGUGAAACGAUUGAGAAGCUGUGUCUGGAGUUACCGGUGCGCUAUUUGAGGCAAGAUGGUGAUUACAUCGACAUUUAUCGAAUACCCAAUCGGCUGAGGGAUGGCGCUCGGAUGGCGAUCGUAGAGCUUCAAGGAAAUCCCUAUCCCUCGCUAUAUCCAGCUCUAGGCUUGGGCGCUGAGCCAGACGCAGCGGAGGUGAAGGAGAAAGCACCGGACAGGCUGGAUGCGCCGAUGAAGUGGAAGUUUGUGGAGUACCCCGAUGAUCCACUGCCAGAGGGUGUGCCGAAAAUCUCAGCCGAUCAACUAGAUCAGAUGCCGCCACGGACAUCAAGGAGGAAAAGAAGGCCAAAUCCUAUGAUGCAGGAACAGCAUGCUGGUCUUGUGAAGGAGCACUUUGAAGGGCGCGAGGAUUACUUCAAGCAGCUGAUGAUGUCGAAGAAGGAGCGAGAUGCAGUGUUGGCAAAGCGUGCCCGGGAAGCUGAGGUAUCCAUGCCUUGGCUGCACCGCAGAGCCUGGGACAUACAGGGCAUCAAAACUGUCGCUGACUUUAAUGAAUUCAUUGCCAUGGUGGACGAGCGACGCGAGAAAGUGUUGGCCGCUCGCAAACGCCAGGCAGAGGAGGAUGCUGCAGCUGCAACAAGCUCCCAAGGUGAAGACGGCACAGCAGUAUGAUGUCACUGUGACGUCAUUGCUCUGGUUAUACUGCUAGCAGUAUAUACAGAACAGUGAUAUCAUCACUCUGGUCAGUGGCUGCCCGUUUUAACACCAUCCCCACCUAACUUGCCAUGCUCAGUGUGUGAGUGUUUGUGUGUGUGUGUGUGUGUAUGUGUGUGUGUGUGUGUGUGUGUGUGUGUGUGUGUGUGUGUGUGUGUGUGUGUGUGUGUGUGUGUGUGUGUGUGUGACCAACUUGAGCAGCUUCCCAGCCCUUAGCAGUUUGUAAAUACAGAUAACUAACUAUUGCUGGCUAUUGCUCCACCCUUUAAUUUAAGUUUGAUGCAAUGUAUCAUGAAAUACAGCCAUCCAUACUGUACAGACAUGUACGCCCGAUACUUCUUCCAUGAUCAGGAUAAUGAUGAUGAUGA